CCUACGUUGUACUGAUGAGGAGCGCCUCUCUUGCGUCUCAUUCCAGCUGACAGGAUCAGCUGAUUUUUGGUGGGAGGCACGUCGAAAAACUAUGACCCCUGAACAAUGGGCAAUUUAUACGUGGGAAGAUUUUAAGGCGGGAUUAUAUGACAAAUAUAUUCCGAAAAGCUAUAGGAAGAAGAAAGAGGCUGAAUUCUACGAUUUGAAGCAAGGAAAGAAAUCUGUGGUUGAAUACGAUAGGGAAUUCUGCAACCUGGCUAGAUUUGCUCCACAACAAGUGGACACAGAUGAGAAGAUGGCAGAAAAAUUUUGUGCCGGUCUGAGGCAUGAAAUUAGGAUGACUCUAGCAAGCCACGGAGGACUCUCAUACACGGAGUCUUUGAACAGGGCACUUGACAUUGAAGCUGCAAUGCCAUCGGAUAAGUCAGCUCCACCACUGACCUCGACGCCAAAUAACCCACCAGCACCCUCACAUACUCUCAAAGGGAAGCGCAAAUGGGGCAACACUGAAGACAAUAUCAGUCAAGCCAACAAGAGAGUAUGGCAAGAAAAUGAACAGGCCGAACAGUUUAAUCAACAAAGGCAUGAGACACAGACUAACUCCGACCCAACUAGGGGUAACCGAGGUCAGCAAGGAAUUUCACCUUGCCCCAAUUGCGGUAAGAUGCAUAGGGGUAUCUGUCGGGCUGGAACUAACGGGUGUUACAAUUGUGGCCAAAAAGGUCACUACUCCACACAGUGUCCCAACAGACAACAAGGUUCAACAACUAAGCCCACCCACACCCAUCCCUUACAAGCAAUACGCGGACACCUUCAAAUUCAGCCUCAAGAACAACAGUCACCACAACAGGGGGCAACUUAUGCUUUUAACCAGGGACACUUGGAAGGUUGAGCUGUGAUGGAUGAUGAAGUGUUGCUGAGUGGAGCUUUUGUCAAUUUGAAAUUAGGCUCAGAAAAGAUAUAUGUCUGCAUACAUGUAUCUCAGUUAUGUCUUCCGCUGCAAACACUGAUUAUGUUUUGGUCAAGUCUAUAACUAUGUGAAUUACUCUUCAAAGAAAUAUCUAAUGCUUACUCGGGUUCAUCGAGUAUCCUUUUUAAUUAUAUGCGUCAAUCCUUCAAUGUCUUAAAUUUUAUUUCAAGAAUUAAUGCUAGAUAUCAAUGUCUAUAAUCAAGUUAUAAAUGAGUCAAAUG